GACAGUGCGCUGCUCUCUGUGUGGAAGCCCACGGAUGAGAAACGGAUCUGUCGAGGAGAAAAGGUCUCAUGUUAACAACUGCGGACCUGAUGAAAAAGCAACGUUUCACACCUGGGACUCUGUCCUCUGCAUCUCUGAAGAGACGAUUGAUAAAGAAGAAGAGGAGAGUCGCACCAGGGUUGCAGCGCAGCGCGGACAGCGACUGUGAGCCGUGCAGGUGUUUCAUAUUCUCUCCAUCUGGCAGCAGUCGCUCUGUCCGUCGGAUUCUGACAGCCUGCACGCUCUCCUUCCUGGCUCUGCUUGGCUCCGUAUCCCUUGAUCUCAGCUCCAACUUUGAUUUACUGGACGCUACAGAAGCCGCAUACACUGAACUAACUUCAUGCAGGACAGUAGCUCUUCUGCAUCUCAUCAGUGAGCUUCAGAAGAUGAGGCAUUUAUUAGCCAAAUACACAAGCAAUGAGACCCUGGGUUCAGGUUUCCCAGCACUGGAUCACCUCUGUGGUAAAAUAGUAAACUACAGUAACAAUCAUAGGCUUCCUUGCAGUGCUGAGUUGUCUGGAUAUUGCCUGCAGAUAAGGAGAAGCAUAAGGACAUUUCUAAAUCCCUCCCUGGAUGCCAACAGCACAAGUUCGGUUUUCAGUCUGGUCAUAGAGAGACUUUUGACCAUCUGGGGCUCAGUAGAUGUUGCGUUAGUAAAUGCCAAACAAAACUCUAAUUGGAGAGAUGUUCUGUCUGCCAGACUUCUGGUAACAUUUAUAGAACUUAACUACCAGCUGAAGUUCUACCACAACACGAUGACUCCUGCUGACUUUCAGCGCAGGUGGACUCAUACUCUGAGCUACCUGAGCUUAUGUAGAGUUAUGACAGAGCCACUGAAUGACUGCUGGUCAGAGAAUAUAGACCUCAAGAUAAACCUGAGUCUGGAAGCUCAAAAUGUGUAUAUUUUAGACCCAAGGCUAUGGCAGAUCUCUGGAACAGAAGGCAAGCUCCUUUCAGGGUCACACACAGGAAUUCAGGCUCUGAUAAAAACCCAGCAGUGCUUCUUUGAUCGUGCAUCCCUCGCUCUCCGGCUGGCAUCUCGAUCCAUGUCUUCAAGGCUAAGCUUGAAGAUCUGCCUGCUUGCCAUGGCAUGCCUCAUCUACCCUGUGGUGAUGUUCUCUUUCAAGCAAAUGACAGAGUGGAUCCAGAAUUAUGCUCAAAGUUUAAAGGAGAAAUCUGAUGAUCUGAAACGCCAGAGGAAGCUGGCUGAAGAUCUUUUGCACCAAAUGCUGCCAAAGUCAGUUGCCAGGCAGCUCAGGAGGCAAAAGCAGGUUGAAGCUGAGAGCUAUGAAAGGGUGACCAUUUUUUUCUCAGAUAUUGUGGGCUUCACUGGUAUCUCUGCAUCCUGCAAUCCUCUACAAGUGGUGGAGAUGCUCAACAACUUGUACAUGUGCUUUGACACUCGCAUUGACUCCUAUGAUGUCUAUAAGGUGGAGACAAUUGGAGAUGCCUACAUGGUGGUGAGUGGCCUACCUGAGAGAAACGGUGACAGACAUGCAGAUGAGAUAGCCAAGAUGGCGCUGGACCUGUUGGCGGCGGUCAGACAGGUGUCCAUCCCUCACAUGCCCAAUGAGAGGCUACAGCUCCGAGCUGGCAUUCACACAGGUCCGUGUGUGGCUGGAAUAGUCGGCUACAAAAUGCCAAGAUACUGUCUGUUUGGAGAUACAGUCAACACUGCUUCCAGGAUGGAGUCCACCAGCCUGCCUCAGAAAAUCCACACCAGUUCAGAAACCUAUUUGGCUUUGAUGAAGGACAAUGCCUAUGAGCUGCAGCUACGUGGAGAGAUUGAGGUUAAGGGCAAAGGCAAAAUGAAUACAUAUUGGCUUAUUGGCCAUAAAAACUACAGUGUGCAGAAUGACAGUCUGGUUUGCAAUUGGAAUCCCAGCAUGGCCAGAAAGAAGAAGACAGUGGCUGGCAGUCAGGCUUCUGUAGGAAACUCGUCUGUCACAGUGCAGAGCCUCAGCGAUACUGCAGCUACACCAGUUUCAGCGCUGAACCAAACACCACAGAUGCCUCGAACAGAAAGGCUCAGCCUGAGUGUGGCUGCUCAGAUGGAGCCAUACGGGGGGAGCUAUGGGACCCUAGGCUCCAUGAUUGGGGGGCUGCAGGGUGGAGACGAAAGUUCAGUAACCAGCGAGCAAGGUGGACUCAAACCUGAUCUGCUGCCUGGUUCUAACCAGCAAAUGUGACCAUUUCAUCACUGUUGUAUCCAUUGAAAUAUAAUUCCAAGAGAAAUGACAAAUUAGUUAAUUAGUUAAAUUAACCUUUGGAUUAUGUAUUUCUGAAUUGUGUGACAUUUAGUUUUCUUUUCAUAAGACUGCUUUAUGUUUUCAGUUGUUAGUGGUUAGGAUCAGAUUUCUGUGUUGUAGUAUUUUUGUAGCUUUUAUACAUGUUUUUUGAGGUUGUGGAGAAUUGUAUUUCAUACAGUCCACACUGAGUAUUUCAAGUGUUACACAGUUUAGCUAGGAAUAUUAGUAUGAAUUAGUAAUUUCAGGUCAUUUGUGAAUGAAAAAUUGCAUGGGCUAAUGUUUGCUGGGUAUUUGCAUGUGAGAUGACCCACCGUUUUAGGUCCAGUAUAACUUAUUAGCUGCCUCCAUGUUGGUAUAAAUGCAUUUUCGUUCUUUGACUUACCUGAUUCUGACCGCAGUGUGGUGCUAGGCUGAGUGUCUGAGCUGGAGUCAGAGGCAGUGGAGGAAGGCUGACCCAGCACAUCAAACAAGGGGGCGCUCUGUUACUUCUGGACUAUGAAUCUAGAGGUGUUUAAUCAUGUUGGUCAAGAAUCCUCCUUUGCAUGAUAUCAUUUUAUUGCCAGUGUUCCACUGAGCCAACUGGUCAUUUCUUUUAUUAAAGUUAAGCCACACUUUCAAUCACCGCUGCAUACUCUCCAUUGUUGCGCACACACCUCCUGUGGAUUCUUCUUUGUUGGUGCUGAGCAGUUUCUACUUUCAGCCAGCGGACUGUGCAUCGAAACUAAGAACUAAAAUUAAAAAAUUUGAGAGUAUCUGAGAGAAUCAGAAUGAUUGUACCGGUUAUAAUCAUUUCUUGGGACUCAAUGUCCAACCAUAUUCUUGAUCAACAGUUCUCCAGGCCUUCUGAAAAUUUCUUUGGACUGUAUGCUUUUCAGUUAUUCUGAAUCCAGUACCAAUCCUUUCCAGAUAAUGAUUUGUUUUCUUCUGUUUGCUAGACCACUUAACCCUGAUGUGUGAAUACUUAUAAAUGCAAAGUGUGGCAAACAGAAAUCUUGGCCCUUGUAAUUAUUUUUAUGUGUCCCCUGACCAUCUGCAGCAAAGACGUUUUUAACUUGUUUAGUAGUUCUGUAGCUUUAUGAAAUUGGAUUUUUUAGGUAUAUAUACACCCUCUGGGAUUGUUUUUGUCAAACAUUUUUUCAGUUUAAAUGCAAUAAAGAU